UUAAAAUCCAGCAGAAUAGUAUGAUCGUGUAUGUAUAUGUGUGUGAAUAUUUCUCAAUUGCAACUUUAUAUGAUUUUUCUUCCCGUAAGGUGCUUGUGAAAAUGCUGCAAUGAGGGAAGAUGGUUGGAUUGGGUUAUAUAUAUUACUACUGUGGCUUGUUGAAUACUGUAUGAGUACUGUAGACCCUAUUUUUCACUUCCGUGGAUGCCAUGGGAAUGUUGGAUGUGUUGGAAGAUUGAUUUGGAAUUUUUUAUUUAGGUGGCAUACCUUUGGGGUGGGCUAGGGUUUUGGUCUAGUGCAGGGGAAAGAAAGGAAUCUGGAAAACAUGCUCCCAUAUGUGUGGAAAGUGUUUGAGAGGUUCCUAUAUAUGCUCCUUAAUAAUAAAGCAGGCCAUGCGUAAGUGAAGAGAAUGUUUAAGAGGCAAAGUGUUUAACUAUGACAUUCUGUUCUUGAAAUUCAUGAGAAUGAACAUUGCAGAUCUCCAUGAAUAGGUGUCUGGGAACUUUGUUGAUAUGUGUUACCCCGUUGACCCAUGAAAUCCAAGAAAUAUGAUUAACAACACAAUGGUCUUUGAUGUGUCUGUAUAAAAGGUGUUUGGCACUCAAAAAUGCUGUUUGAAUUUGCACCUUCUAUUGAUAUGUGCAAAUAGUAAAUGAAUAUGUUGUUAUUACUUUUAAAUAUUAAUAUUCCUACCGAAUGUUCAAAUCCACAACUCUCCCACCCUCAGUGAUGGUUUCAGAUUGCAAGAAAAAGCUAGGUUUAUCCAACAGUGGAAGGAUUAUGGUUGGUUGCCUGUGAUGUUAAAUACCUGUCUCAUGGGGCAAUACUUUAUUUUGGAUAUAAACUGUGCUGAAAUUUUAUGAAUAACGAGAUAAGAUUCGUUCCUUAUGUCAGGGUUUUUCUUUUCCUUCUGGUACAAGUUUCUUAUCUCUUAUCAUCUGCCUAACAUCAUUAUCAAGCAACAAUGGCCAACUAUUUCCCUCGCUCACUGACCAGAAUAGCCAACACUACUCUUCACCACACCAGAUCCGAGCAGCUGACUGGCAUAGUUUCCAACUCAGUAACACGGCUCCUCUGCACAUCUUCAACUCAGCUGCAACAGGAAAACCCUGUCAAGAAACAAGCACAAUCACCUCAAGAAUCAGUCCAUGAGGAGAUCAGACAAAGCCAUGAGCAGGAAGAAGAUAACGAAGAUGAUGACAGUAUUAACGAAGAAACUGGUGAGAUCGGUGGACCCAAAGGGCCUGAGCCUACUAGGUAUGGUGAUUGGGAACGCAAUGGUCGCUGCUCUGAUUUUUAAGUUUUUACUUUGCUUGUAUAUCUUAAAUAAUAGGUUGAGCCUGGAUCACUUUAUGCACACCCGCCUCAAACUAGAAUCAUGUCACAUUGAAGGAAAGACAUGGUAGCUUUCACUGAGGCGCAUCCAACUCUUAUAAGCGCAAAUCAUCCUAACAUGCAGAUAAUUUAAUUUCAUUAAUAUUAUGUGAUUUUUUUAUUUUGAGUUCUGAUUUUAUGACCAGUGAUGAUUAUGUAAUUGUGUUGACUUUUGAUUUAUUACUCUCAUGCCGUUAUAAUUGUGUGCAUUGGAAUAAUUUACUUGUUGCUGA